GUAAACUCCUAUGAGAGUUAAUUUUAAUAUAAAAUGACCUCUAACGUAUCACCAAGUAGAUCAAAUAUAAUUUCUUCAUCUCAUCCAAGUAAAGGUUCUUUAACAGAUCGACCAAGUAGUUGUUCAAAUAAAAGUUUAGUGCACAAUAAAUCGUGUCCCAUUCAUUCAAGACCUUUAUCAUCGUAUAAAACAAUUGGACAAUGUCAUGACAAAAUUGAAGAACUAGAAAAGCAAAAUGUUCGCCUUAGUUCAAAGGUAGGUAUAUUAAAAUGUAUAAAUAUAAUUAUAUUUUAAACCAUAUAAAAAAGGUAUUUGAAAAUAUUUAUUGAAUAUUGCUAUCCUAGAUUAAAGUUUUGAAAUAUCAAUUGAAAACAUCAUCUAGUUUGUAUAAUAAUAUUCACCAGAGACCAGAAAAACCUUUAUCAAGACAUUCCCAGAGGUUUGUAAAAUAAUAAAUAAUGAUUCUCAAUAAAUAUCUAAUUUAUUUAUGAUAGGUCAACUCCAAUAAAAUUACAGAAAAUUUCUAGAUUAUCAAGAGUAGAUUUUGAUGUGAAUGAUAAGGCUGUUAAACUUCCUGAAAGAGUGAAUAUUUUUUUGCCAGUGGAAAUAAACUGAUUAAAAUAUAUUAAUUAUUUACAACAUAUUAUGUAUUUUAGAAAUUUGAAAGCACUGAGUCAUUUGACAGUGAGAGUAGCUUGGUGGAAAAUAAAAGUAAAUUUAAAGAGAAUAUCGAGUUAAUUCAAUCUCACAGAGUUAUCAAAAGUAUGGAAAUUCAAAUAGAAACUUUACAAGCACAGUGUCAAGCUUUUGAACAAAAUUUAAUUAUUGUUAAUGAAUUGUUACAAAAAGAAAAUAAAGAACAAGGUAUGCUAUUGUAUUAAAAUAAAUAAAUGUAAUUUUUUUAAAUAUAAAAAUUGUAUAAUCAGACAAGUUAAAAGAGGAAUUAGUUAAUGAAAGACAUAUAUUAAGUGAAUUGAAACCAAAAUACAAUGCUUUUAAAGAGACAAAUAAAGCAUUAGAGGAACAAAUUCGUGAUUUACAAGUAAUUUAAAUCCAAAUAGAAAAAAAAAUAUUGUUUAAUAUAAUUAAAAUUAAAUACAUUUACUAAAACAUUUAAUAUUUUUUUAUUUAGAAUGAAAAAUUAUCGCUUAGAGAACACAACCAGAAACUUCUUCAACUUACUUCCAAACCUCAACAUCAAAAUAAUGGGCUAAAGGUGAUUCAUCAAAUGAGUAUACAACACAAGUUUACACAAUAUCACAAAAAGCACCUAACAAUUUUUUUCUAUAAUAAGGGAAUGGAAAAUAUUGUGAUAAAAUAAUUAAAAUAUGUGUAUAUUUUUUUUUUAUUGAAAUAUGUAAAACAAAAACAAAGAGCUGAUAUUGUUGUAGGUGGAAAGUUGGAAAGGUAGGAUACAUACAAUUAUUUCAUUUAUAAUUGUAAGCAAUGAUAAACCAUUGCUAACAAAAUACAAUUCUGAGUGAAGUUCGGUUAUGCAUCUUUUAAAAUGCUGUAAUAUUUAAGGGGGCUCAACUUCUUCUGAAAGUUCUGGAAUGUAAAAACCCAGAACAUAUACUUCCAGAAAGUAAAUGCCUGGACCGUAUAAUUCCGGAAUCAUAAUAUUACAGAAAAAAGCAUUGGUUUCCAAAUUUAGUUUUAAAUUUUAUUUUUUGCUGUCUGUAAAGAAAUUUUCAAUCAAAAAACUUGCUCCACUCGAAAAAAGACGAGACAUCUUUUUUUUUUUUAUAGAGAAUAUUUAGUUCAUGUAUUGAAGAUAUAAUUUUUUAUUUUCUUAAUUGUAUAAUUUAUGUUAUUUUGUUAUUACACUGAUUAGCAUCCAAUAAUUUAACACUAAUUAUAAUGUUACUAUUGGCUAUUCCUUAAUACAUAUAAAGUCUGAUAUUACAUACUACUUACUUCAUAAAAGAAAAAUUAAAAUAAUUCAAUAUGGAAUAAUAGUUAAAAAUAAAUGCUGAGAAAAUUAUUAAAAUCCAAUAAAAUCUAGACAUUUACAAGACUGUUUUUCAAAAAUCUCUAAAGGUACAUAUUCAGUAUAUUUUACUCCAUUGCUCCAUAAACUUUCCCCGUUUCUCGAGUUUUUCUUCAUUGUUUUGAAAACUUAAGAAAGUCGAACCUUAUGCACCAACUAGAUCUAAAAUGCUACAAAAAAGCUCUUUUUUUUUUUGUUGAGUCGAAAGUAAUUUUUGUUUACACAAGAAAAAAAUAAAUAUUUUUUUUUUAAAUUUUUUAAUUAAUUAAUUAAUAAUAAUUCUAAUUUGAGAUUCAUUGUUUUUAAAAAAUUUUCCGGAAAUAUACGUUCCGUAAUAUUACGAUCUUAGUUUUUACUUACUGGAUUAUAAUGGUUUCCGGGAUUGUACAUUCCAGAUUAUUAUGGUACAAACAUUUCAGAUUUCAGAAUUUUUACGUUCUGGAUAAUUACACAUCACCAUAUUUAAGAUUUCCGUAAGAUUUGAUUUAAAAAAGAUUAUAACAAAAACCUACCAUAUUAAGUUUAACUUUUAUUUGACCACUAAGUAGGUAUAGCUUAAAAUUAAUCUUCUGUUAAUUGUUCAAUCAUAUCUAUUCGAUAAAGAAAUUUUGUUCACAUACCCAGUACUUACCAAAUAAAAACGAAACUCAAAAAUAUAAAAUAUUUGUAAAUAGGUCAACAUUUGUUCCACCUUAUGAAUAGGCCAAUAUAAGUGUUUUGUGAAAAUUUUAGAUAUAUAUGAUUAUUUCAAUUGAAGCAAGAUUUCUGGUAGAAAAUAGAAAUCUCAACAAUAUAAAAUAAUGAAAUUGGUAAUGACACUAUGUGCCAUAAAUAUUUGUCCGUUUUUCUGUAAUAAAGAAAGCCCUUUAAAAAAUCAAAAGUUACCUCUAAUGAACCAGCUAGAUCCAUAAUGUAACAAAUAAAAUUUUUUGAUUGGGAUAAUUUUCUGUUUAGAUAAGUUAUAUACAGAGAGAAAAAAAAAUACAUCACAGUAAAACUAUCACAUUCCUCACUAAACUCAAAAUCUAAAAAUUAAAAUGUCACAACAUUGUAACAUAAAAAAAAAAUAACAGGAAUAUGAAUUCUUGCCUAUUCUCUGUUAACAUUUAUCAAAUUUGUAUUAUAAUGUAUAUUUAUAAUAAUUUUAAUUGAAGCUGCAUAAUUUAUACCAUAAAUGAUAUCAUAAUCAUAAAAAAGAAUUUUAGAGUAAUAUACAAAAUCAUUUUUUUUUUAUCAUAAACUAGCAAUUUUUUCAGAGGGUUUUAUAUGAAUUUAAUUUAUAAUUUUUGUAAUCAUUAUGGAAUCGUUUCAGCUUUAUUUUAAUACUAUUUGUAAGUUUUUACCGCUUUUCCAUAUACAUUAAAAUUUAAAUAAGUAUAUACUUUUGGUUUUCAAAUAGUAACCCUAAUAUGAACACAUAUUUGAUUAGAAAAUAAUUUUCCAGACAUUUUUAUAUGCAUAAUACUUAUAUCAGAUUUACCAUUUAAGAGUUAUAAAAUUUAAAGUUUAGACCGGAGGAGUAAGGAAGGGAUCAAUUUAUUGUUUAAAAAUAGAUACCUAUGCAAUUCAUUACCCUUCCCUACUUCUUCAGUCUAAACUUUAAACUUGUAUAACUCCUAAACGGUUAGGUUAAAAAAUAUUAUUGUUAUGCAUAUCAAAAUUUUUAAAAAAUACUCUAUUUAAAUCUGUGUUUACAAACGGAGGUUCUUUAAAAAAAACAAAAAUGUAUACUUAAUCAAGAUAUUUGGAAUAGGGGUAAAAAUUAAAAUUAGUUUUAAAAUAAAUCUAAAUUAAAGAGUUUUACAAUUUCUUAUGUUUCUUCAAUAUUAGUUUUAAAUAAAAGAAUUGUGAAAUAUGAAGAAAGAUACUUAUUUCAAUAUAUUAUAUUAUAUAAUAUUUCUUAUGGAAACAAUGUAACAUACAAUAACAUUAGUACCCCUUUCAAUUAAAAUUAUUCUAAACAAAUAAUUUGAGUGAAUUGAACUAGGUAUUCACUCAGUUGUUUUCUAACAUAAAUGAGUAAUACUUUUCUAUAAAUCAAUAUUUACAUUUAUAGUUGAAAGAGUUAGAAGAAAAUUUUGCUGAUUCUCGUGCUGGUUUAUUGAAACAAAUGGAGGAAAAUAGCAAAUACAUUGCUGAGUUAAAAGAGACUAUUAAUGAAAAUGAAAUAACAAUAUCUAAUUAUGCAGAUGAAAAUAAAUGCCUAAAGGUUUAACUAAAUAUAAAAUUUGUUUUAAAUUUAAACUUAGCAAAAGAUUUUAUUACAGAAUCAACAAUUGGAACUAUCUAAAAUAUUGGAUUUAAAAGAGGAUGAAAUUAAAAAUAAAUGUAAGGCAAUUGAUAACCUUCACCAAGAAAAUAAAGAUUUAAAAGAAAAUCUUAAAGUAAUUAUAUACAAUGCACAUUAUUAACACAAUUGACUAUUAAACAUUAUUUAGGUUUUAACUUAAAUACUUAAUUUGUAUGUUUAUAUUUAAUAUUGAACAAAAAAGAUAAAUACUAACAUUUCAAAAGUCAAUACAAUUGAAGAUCUCACAAUUCAUCAAAAUUUAGAUUUGGAAGAUAAAAGGUACAAAAAUAAAUCAUUGUAAUAUUUGUAUAAUUUUAUUUAUGAAUAAUAUUUAUAUUAUUCUUUUUACAGACUUAAAAGUCAAAUUCAAGAGCUUCAACAAGAACAAGUCAAAAUCAAUCAGACAUUGAACUCUCAAUCAUAUUUAAAUUCAAUGCUUAAGGAGAAAGUAUGAUUAACUAUAUAUUAUAACUAAAAAAAAAGUAUUAUUCAUUAAUGUGAUGAAAUAUAAUUAGGUAGAUCAAGCAGAACGAGAUAUGAAAACUGCAAUACAGUUUAUUAAGAUUUUUAUGAAUCUAUUUUCAAAUAUUACAACAUUGGAUUUAUCUGAACCACUUAUGGCCACCUUAGAAAUUAUAGAAAAAACUUUAUGUUCUAUUAAGAAAAAUAAUGAAAUUAAUAUGGAAAAUAAAGAGUUUGAAAAAGUAGUAAAUGAUAUCUUAGAAGUCCUUGUUUCAUUUAGAGAUCAAAUAGUUAAAAAACAAACUAUGUUUAAUCAAGAACAGUGGUCUAAAAAACCAAUGGUUGAUUUAAUUACAGAAACUAAAAAUGAGGUGUGUAUACAAUUUUUUUUAUGUUAAAUAGUUUAAAGGUUUAUUAAUAAUAUGUGUUCUUUUUUUGAUUUUAUAAAAAAAUUGUAUUGAUAUCUAACUUCCGAUUAAUUUAAUAAUUAAACAAACGUUUUUAUAGAAUCAUACCAUUAAAAUCAAAUUAAAUAAUUUCCUUAAAAAUUUUAGAACACAUCUCAAAUUCAAGAAAAUGCUGCUCAACUCGAAAUUAAUAUUAAUGCUCUAAGCUUUUCUACAGAAAGCAUUCAACAUUUAAAGUAUGUAUAUAAUUUUUAAUUUUUUGUUUUUGAAGUAAUAUUACAGUUAUACUUUAUCAUGCAAUUUUAUUUCUUUAUUUAUUAGAUCUUUACAGCCAGAGCCAAACAUUUUUCUCACGUGGGGAUUUAAAAAUCAAGAAGAUAUUGCUUACUCACCUAGUCGAUUAGCAUGGGCUGCUGAUUUUAACUGUAGUUGUUUUUACCGUAGCAAUAGUAGCGCAGAACUUUUACAUUUUGUUGGAAAAGUAAUUAAUAAUUUUAAUAAGUAAAUUAAACAUAGUUAACUAACCUAAUUCAAUAUUCUUUUAUUACAGCAUGGUUUAUUUAUCAAUGUACAUUUAGUAACGGGCAAAGCAUCACCAGUAGUGGCAUCUGGCCUAGUGAACACCGUGGAUUCUAUACACAAUCCUAUGAUUAAGUUUAAUUUGAUUGUGCCAAUUACAGGACAAAAUGUUGAGGCAAAAUUGAAGUGUUCUAUACAACUUAUUUGCAAUUAUCAUGAGUUACAAACUUAUUCACAAAAGGUAAAUCUAUAUUAAGAUUAAAAUUAAGUUAAGAUAUUAAAUACGUAUGAAUAAAAAGUGCGUAACUUGAUAUAAUUAUUUGUGGGUGUUAAGAGAUGGAUAUUUUUUUUUUUCAUAAAUACUCAUGUUUAACUAAUAUCAAAGUAAAAGAGAAAUUUUUUUGGUAGUAGUCAUUAUUAAUUAAAGCAAAAUAUUCAUCCUCAGGUUUAGAACUUACAUAAUAGUAACUGAAAUAUAAAAAUAUUUGAUUAUAUUGAUGAUUAUUUGAAUAAUAAACAUUAUAGGUAUGUUAAUAUUUUUUGACAUAAGUAAUGACUUUCAGAUAAGAUAAUAAAAGUUAAACAAAAUUGUAACAUUGUAUAUAAUUAUUUGAAUUAAAGUAUGAUACAAUGGGUGAUUGCGGGGGGGGGAGCGCUUGAAAAGUGUGAAUAAGUAAAACAUAAUUUCCACCCAUCAUUAUAUAGAACUAUGACUAAAAUGUUUAGUCUGUAAUUGACUAAAUUUAUUUUUAAAUAAUUCCAAUUAAAAUUAAUUUUGUGGCAUUUUAGAAUGUAAUCAUUGUUAUGAGUAAAUCAGAAAAUGAGUACUUAAAUUGAAAAGUAAAACUUUUAUUAUUCUAAUAACUGAAAACAGAUUAGGUAUAGUAAAAAUUGUUUAAAUAUAAUAUAGAUUUACUUAUGCAGUUAUGUUAUUGGAUAAAAUAAUUCAAGUAUUAGCUAUAGUUCUUAUAAUUUGUUUUUUGUAAAAUAACAUUGAGAAAAAUUUGUAUAGAAAUGAUUUUAGUAUUUUUAAUAGGUAGACUCAAAAAAAAAAGUUUUUUUUAUUAAAUGUUUUCAAUUGGUGCCUAUGUUAUAAUUUUAUACUUUUAAGUAUAGUGAAGGAGUUAUACGUUUUACAGGUUUUUAUUUUAUUUUUUCUUGGAAAACACUGGAUUAAUAAAAAUAAUUCUCCUAUGUGUUCAUACCAUAAAUAUGCUGGUUUUUUGCAUGGUUUUAUGAUGGUACUUUAUUUGAAACAUUUAAACACAUUUUGAAAUUUCAGUUCAUCCAUAGGUCAAUUUUUGAUUUUGAUUUUCAUUCAUUUCUGUGUUAGCUUUGUUACUAGUGUAAAAAAAGACUAUAUAGUUUUACUUUCGGUGCUAAUUAGGUAUGUGCUCUAUAGGUUUUGCCGCCGUUCUUCACUCGUUCUGCAUUUUGAACGGGGAUACUGGACAACGAUUGGUCUAUUUAGUUACGUUAUCUACCUCGUUUUUAUAUAUUAUGAUAUGUUGGGUAUUUCUUUAUUAUUAUUAUUUAUUAUCUUAUUUUUGAUAAUUACUAAUUCUAUUAGUGUAGGUUUUGUACCAGUCGUCUUUUCGGUUUUCAGCUACGUAUCUCAUGGAGAUUUUUCAUUACAAGAAUUUUAUUUUUUUGUGUAUUAUUCAUUAAUUGUGAUGGCUGUGAUGACGUUUCGUGAGUUUUAUUCUACAGUAGUGCCAAAUGAGAUCGUGUGUCAUCGAGUUUUAGUAGAAAAAAGAUUAUUAAGAAGUGUUGAAAACAAUGCUCCUUGUCAUAAAUACAGGUAAAACGAAAGAAAUAUCGUAAUGGAGAGUGUUGGCCACGUUUCGGUGUCAACAAAGAGGCUGCCAGACAACAAGAUCGACACGAGCUGGUUGCAGCUUUUUUAAUUUUACUGACUUAAAUUAAUGUUACAACAGUGGAUUAACACUUUGGGAAAUUGUUGAAUUUGUGUUUAUGUUUGUAUUGGAAUUACCCACACAAAUGGUAAUGGAUCGAACAGAAAGAAGCAAUGAGUGUGUCACCGACUGGUUUAACAUGUGUCGAGAAGUAUGCAUAGCUGUUUUGAAGACUAAAAGAAAAAUGAUUGGAAAUGCACAAAAUCCAAUUUAGAUUGACGAAGCUCGUUUCGCUGGUCGAAGGAAGUACAAUAGGGGUAGAUUAUUAGGUGGAAACGUGUCUCCUUUGAAAGAUAUAAAUGCUACGGUAAUUAAUAACCGAAAUCACAAUGCACUGUAGAUGGCCCUUGGAUAUUUGGUUUAAAAAAUGGAAACCAUUGCCGUUAUUUUUAUGUUCAUUGACGUGGUUGAGAAACACUUCUACCAAUAAUAGAACGUGAAUGCGAGGCGAGAUCAGAAAUUCAUUCUGAUGAAUGGGCCGCAUACAGGUAUCUCACAAGCAGAGAUUUUGUACACAAGACGGUAAAUUACCAAAUCUCUUAUGUCAAUGAAAAUACAGGAGCCCACACUCUAAACAUUGAGAGGUCAUAGUUGGAAUUAAAUUAUUUAAGAAAAUGGAGGGGUGUUCCUCUUAAUCAUUUGCAGUCCCAUUUUUCUCGCCAUGUUAGAAGACAUUAAGAACGUGAAUCAGCAGUAAAAUAAAACGCAAAUAGUACAACGUAUGUAGGGUACAUACCGACUGAGAAGCUUGACUGUAGAGCGCAUACUGAAUUAGCAUCCUACUUUCCUCAGAAUAGAUUUUAGUUUGUAAUUAUUUAUCAUUGUAUCUAUAAUAAUAACGGAACAGUAGCGUAACUAGGAUAUUAUUUUGGGAGGUGAUAUGAGUAUUUGUCAUUAAUAACAAGAAGAACAUACUUAAUAAAUGCUAGCACUUAAAAAAAAAGUUAAUGAUUAUAAUAAAAUAUUAAGUUUCCUUGGUUUUUAUAAAUUGUCAAUUAUUUCAUCAACCUGUAAGUUAAUGUGCCUAUUUAUGGACAUAACAGCUAAUCCAUUAAGUCUUGCCUGAAAAAAAAAUAUAGUUAUUUUCUUGUAAACUGGUAAACAAUUAAACACGAAUUAAAAAUUAAAACCAGAGUACACACUAUUCUGUAAAUAAGUUUUUAUACGUUUUAAACUAGAAAAUGAACAUUUUGGAGUAGUAGGGAGUGUAUACAACAUUUUAAAAAUAAAACUAAUACUUGGAUAUAAUUCCUUAUUGCAGACUAAAAGGGCAUCCAUAGUUGUCUUGAAAUUUAUAUUAUUUAAUGUCAUUUUUUCUCCACAUUUUUAACUCUGUUUAUACCACAUGUUUGUUAAUUUCUUGUGAAUCAAACACCACAAGCUUAUUAAAUGCAUCAGAUUCUACCAACAUGGUAGCAUAUCUAUCAGUUAUCAGAAUACUAGCAAUACAGAACAAUUCUUUACAACCAUGAAUAUCUUAUCAAAAUUCAAAUUGAUAUACAAAUUUAAAAAUAAUCAAAUUUUAUUAAUAAACAAUGCAAUAAUGACUGAUUAUUUAAAAAAAUAGUUAUAUUGCAUACCAUACACAUACAGCAUACUUUAAAAAAUUGUCAUGUUGUAUAUUGUAAUAAGAAUAUUUAAUGUAGAAAUAAAAAGGGCUGAAGUCUGCUUCUUGAGGUAGAAAAAGUCAAAAUAUAGUAAUACACCAAAUACAUAUAUUUUCCGUGUGUCCCUAUUGAUCAGGGGCGAUCUUAUGAAGGGACAGUUAAAUUUUGGUUUUAAAUGGUCAAAAAAAGGGGUAAAUUAAAUUUGCACAGGGAACGCUGAAUGGGACAACUAAUACAGAAGGUAAGUAUUGUAUAUUAACUAAAUAACUAUGUAUCCACUAUCCAGAUAUUUUAAUUUUCCACCUAUAGCAGUCUCCUAAUCAUGAUAACAAGUAUGCCUAGCUUUUAAAAAUGUAUACUAUUAAUUUAUAUUUUGUUUUCAGAUUGAUGAUGAAUAUAGUCAAAUUGAAAUACCUAUCCACAAAUCAUCAAAAUCAUCAACACCAAAUCAUUCAUAUUAAACAAUAUUACUAAAAUUAAAUACUUAUCUAGAAUUAAAUGUAAACAUUUUUGUUUAUAUUAAUUGUGAUAUUAGUUUUAGUAUUUAUUUACAGGGUGGUCUGCGGAAUAUUUAAUUAUUUUUUAAUUUUGUGGUUUUGGAUACCUACUUAUCUACUUAAGAGUCCCUUACACAAUUACACACUAAUAAGCUGCACAUAGUCAUUGAACAUCUGGUUUUUUUACCAUUAUAAUUAGAUAUUAACUUUAUGAAGAAUAAUUCAAUAUAUAAGUAAUAUAUCUGUUUAUUUCAAACUUGUAAUUUUUAAGUGAACUAAUCAGAAUUGUGUGAGAUAAAGUUGAAAUAAAAUUUUAAAAACUAUAAUUUUUCGCUUUUGCCUGUAAUUUCCAAAAUCUGUGAUAAAUUUUUAAUUAUAUUUUGUUAAUUUAAUUAAUUUAAUAUACUGCUAC